AUGGAUUCAGAUUACAACCGGCUGUGCCAUGAGAGAAUCUGGGAAACGGUGGAUGUGGGACAAGACCAAGAUCGUUGCGCCAACUUCGCCUCCCUUGACCAUUGGCGGGAACUCCGAUCCAAAUAUAAACUUCCGUCUGCCAGCCGAUUCACCCCUGUCUAUCCGGCUGAGCGUGAAGCAAAGCUAGGAACUGGCAAAGGAUGA